GGGAAGAGGAACCUUUUGUUAGUUCUCUUUGAGCCAGAGUUGCAAAAUUCAGUUUGUUCACACUUACUCUUGUUCUCUGCACAAAACACCGAUCUAUGACUAAGGAUGGAGGAAGAAAUCCAGUAUUCUACGGUGGUUUUUAAAAAGAGUGGUGCAGCUCCAAAAGAGAAAGAAGAGGACUUGACAACUUGUUCUGAAGUAAAACCUAAAGUGGCUGUGACUACUGCACCGACGGAUGAUGAAGCAGCUGCGCGCUCUCUCUUUGGCGUGUUGGCGGCGUGUUUGGGGAUACUGUGCGUCCUCCUGGUGGUGAGCAUCGGUGCCAUCGUCUACAUCACAGUUGUGGUGAUGAACGAACAGAAAGCAAACCUCAGCGAGCUGACAGCAGAAAAUCAGCAGCUGGUCACGGAGAGGAGAAUCUUUGACGGCAAGACAGAAGAGCUGAGCAGAGAAAUAUACAACCUGACCUGGAUGCUGGAAGUCAUCCUGACCUUUAACACUUUUAAUGUAAAUGACUACUGCCCAGAUAAAAAGUGUCAGCCGUGUCAGAAAGGCUGGAUUCAGUUCCAGGAAAAGUGCUACUUGUUUAACGAGAAACAACCUUGGAAGACAUGGGAAGGAAGCCAGGAGCGUUGCCUCACGACGGCUGCAGAUCUGGUUGUUAUUGAUAGUCAGCAGGAACAGGAAUUCCUCAGUAAUCACACAAAGAAGUACUUCGACAAGUAUCAUGGAUACUGGAUCGGGUUAAAACAAAUGAAUGACAAAAACUGGGUUUGGAUUGAUGGACGUAUUGACACUGCAGGGUACUGGAUGAGUGAGAACCUUGGUAACUCGGAUCAAUGCGGACUGAUGAUCCCCGGGAGGAAUCUCACAUCCAGCUGGAAUCAGGCAGACUGUUUAAUGAAUAACAGAUUCAUCUGUGAGCGUGAUGUUCUGAUACGGUCUAAGUAGUUAGUGCUGAGCUCGUUUCAUGUUUCAUGUUGCGUGCAAAACUACAAACUGUAAAUUCACACAAUUAUAAAAGAAUAAUAUUUGAAUAAUGUUCCUGAGAAAGGAUGAUUCAGUAUGUAAGUGUUCAUCAUGUUGUCUACCUGUACUAUUGUUUAAAGGGUAAGUUUUAAUAUGUUCGAAAUGAAUGUGUGAAACAUAAAUAUCUUUUUGUUGUUAGUUGUGGCCUGUAAAUGCUAUUGAUUUAUUAUAGAAAGAUACUGAACAUUAUAUCCAAAUAUCAAUGUUAUCAUUGUCAAUGGAACAUGUGAAGUGUUUCUAACGCAACAUCUGCACCAAACAUUCAAACUGAUGCAACAGUUUUGUUUCUGUGGCUGACUUGCUGCACAUCAUGUACUCAGAUUGUGGUGUUACAUAAAGACCAAUGUCCCAAAA